GCUGUCCGGCGCUCUCAGCGCGGUCACGCCCCUGCAGCGCGCUGCUCUCACUUCAAAGGCUUCCCUUUACUCAGAGCGGUGUGACGUCAUGAAACGAGAGGCGCGCUCGAGCAGAUGAGAUGAGGGAGCGCAACAGGCGAGCGCACAUCGCGAGCUCACAACUACAAUGACAACUUCCUGAUGCAUUGAGAAAAAGUUUUUUUCGAACUUUUGCACUUUUGUUUUAAGGCAGUAUUGGCUCUCCUCUGUGUUCUGUGUGUGGUGCUAUGACUGAUGACGAGAUGAUUUCAUCACAACUCACUAGAGAUUUACUGAGGUGGAGAUUUGUAGUUUGGAUCCUGUGGUACCUGUUGAUUCUGUGUGAUUCCUACAAUCUGGAUGUGGAGCAUCCUUUAGUUUUUAAUGGACCCAAUGGAUCAUUAUUCGGAUACUCGGUUCUGCUUCACCAGCAUGCUGAUGAUACAUGGCUGCUAGUUGGAGCACCUGUGGCUGAUUCCAGCUUUUAUCCCAAUACCAAAAAUCCUGGAGCCAUCUACAACUGCAGUGUGUUGAACUCCCAAUGUGAGCAGCUCCAUGUUGGAAAUGUAAAGAACUGUGGAAAAACCUGCUUGGCAGAGAAUGAUAACCAGUGGCUGGGUGUAAGUCUGUCCCGGCAGCCCUCAAAAGGCCAUGUUUUGGCAUGUGGACAUCGGUGGAAGAAUGUCUUCUACUCUAGUAAAGACAAUCAGAACAAGCUGCCGCAUGGUAUUUGCUUCAGAUACAGCCCAGACUUGAAACACGUCCAUCGUAUUAUCCCCUGCUAUAAAGACCAUCAAAGGAAGUUUGGUGAAGGCUAUGGAUCCUGCCAAGCAGGAAUAUCAAACUUAUUCACAGAGGACCUGAUGGUCAUGGGAGCUCCUGGUACCUCAUACUGGACAGGAUCCGUUCUUGUUGUCAACACCACAAGCAACAUAUCAGCUGCUUAUGUGGAUGAUGACAGUGCAGUUCUCUAUGGAAGUUAUUUAGGUUAUGCUGUUGGUGCUGGACACUUUCUAGAUCCUCAAAGUACUGAGAUAGUGGGUGGUGCUCCCCAGCAUGAACAGACUGGUAAAGCCUACAUAUUCAGGAUCGAGGGCAACACUUUGAAAAUUGUUAACGUAACCAAGGGCAAGAAGCUCGGCUCUUAUUAUGGUGCUAGUGUAUGUGCUGUAGACCUGAAUGCAGACGGACUGUCCGAUCUGUUGGUGGGAGCUCCUAUGUUCAGCUCAGUGAGGGAGGAGGGACGUGUGCAUGUCUACAUAAACCAGGGAGAGGCUAAAUUGAGAGAGGCAGACUUUGAGUUAGUCGGCAGUGACUCUUAUGCAGCACGAUUUGGAGAAACCAUCAUAAACCUUGGUGAUAUUGAUGAUGAUGGAUAUCCAGAUGUGGCAAUUGGAGCCCCUCAGGAGGACGAUCUGCGUGGUGCUAUAUAUAUCUACAAUGGGAGAAGAAGUGGCAUUGCACGUAGUUUCUCUCAAAGAAUAACUGGCUCUUUGUUGGGCAAUGACCUCAGGAUGUUUGGCCAAUCAGUGUCUGGAGGAGUUGAUACUGAUAGCAACAAUUACCCAGAUGUUGCAGUGGGAGCUUUCCUGUCAAACUCAGCUGUGGUGUUCAGGACACGUCCAGUGGUGAAAGUGGACGCUGUCAUGUUGUUGCCUGACAGCUUGAACCACUCCAUUGCCCAGUGUACUGACAACGGUCAGCCUGCUGUGUGCAUCAAUGUUGAGGUGUGCUUUAGAGUCGGAGGGAAACAAAUCCCAGGAAAUAUAGAACUGAAGUACAACCUAACAGCUGACGUUCACCACAAAGAUGGCUUCCCUUCUCGAUUUUAUUUCAACGGAAACGGAACAUCAAAUGUCACAGCAGGCAGAGUGAAGGCCAAGCAUGAGCAGCUCACCUGCAUCACCCACCAGGCCUUCAUGAAGAAAGAUGUCCGUGAUAUCUUCACACCCAUUCAUUUUGAGGUGAAAUAUGAACUUGGAGAGCACCGUGUGACGGCGCGGGACUCAUGGGAGACGGGCUUGCCUUCUCUCAAACCCAUUCUACAACAGAAGGAUGAACAGACCGAUGUCGUGAAAAACAAGACCAUCUUUGCCAGAUAUUGCUCCUUGGAAAACUGUUCAACCAAUCUUCAGGUGUCUGCUCAUCUGGUUUUACCCCAGAAACAGCCAUAUUUUGCUCUGGGUAAUGGAAAGAGCAUCAUGUUAAACACCACACUAGGCAACACUGGAGAUCAUGCUUUUCUACCCAGACUCCAUCUGAGGUUUCCCCGCAACCUGCAUUUCAUCAAAGUACUAGAGGAAAAUAAAUACAUCAGCUGUGAAAUUGCAGAGGAGAAUAAAGUGGCCAUUGGACUGGACUGCAAUGUUGGACAUUUUUACAUCGCCCCUUUCUCAAAGCUCAACAUCACCUUUUUACUGGAUGUGAUGCAGAACAGCAGCGCGGGAGACCUUAGUAUUAACAUUAAUGCCACGAGUGAGAGCCUUGAGAACACAGAUCUUCAGCAUGACAAUGUGGCCGUUCUCACAUUGCCAUUGAGAUAUGCAGUUGAUCUCAGCGUUCACGGAUUUGUCUCUCCGACUUCAUUUCUGAUUGGAGAACAAGAGUCUGUGCCGGUCGACUGCUAUCCUGAGAAGUUCAAUUAUACAUACAAGGUGAUGAAUAUGGGUCCUAGUAAAGCUCCUGAUGCGAGAGUAAAGAUCAGCUUGCCUCUGAUGCUGGUGCCAUACAAAUACCAGUUAAUCAGGAUUACAGAUUUACAGACAACUCUUGGCCAUUGCUUCCAGAGGAACAGUACAGUUCAGAUUAUUGAUGACUGUGACGUCCCGGAAGCUUCCUUUUUUCAGGAACUUGUAUUCUUUUUCGCCCCAAAAAGCAAGCGCAUAAUGUUCUGUGCUUCAGAAGAUCAAACCUGUAGGAUGGUGGAGUGUCACUUUGGUGACUUGGAGGUUGGAAAAGAAGUUACCAUCAGUAUGGAGGUGGAGCUCAACCCCAGGGUUCUCCAGAUGAGUCCAGGCAGACAUGCUAUCAUGAUGAUACGAGGCAUGAUUGACCUUAUUUCACCAGUGCAGGAUGCAAACACCAUCCUACUACAGAAUGACAUUUCUGCUAGAGUACUCUUGGAGGCUCUGUAUAGCAUUCAGCCUGUGAUGGCUGUGCAGAUUUUUCUAAUAGUAUCCAGUCUGAUUGUUGGACUGAUCAUUUUAGCGCUGCUUGUGCUCACCCUCUGGAAGCUUGGAUUCUUCAAGCGAAAGUUGAAGGAGGAGAAGUUUAGACGGGACAGUUGGGACUAUGUACCAAAGAAAGAGAGCACGACAUAAUAUGGGAUUUACAUCACAUACAAAACCAAUCAAUGGAAGGGACAAACCAUGAAGGACUACUGCUCUGACACCAAGAGCUGGACUCAUGAUAGCCGUUAACCGUAAUGGCUGAAAACAUUCAUCACAAAGCGAUGAAGACUUUCAAAAGAAUCUGCAUUUUCUGUCAGCAGGAUGAAGCCAAUGCACUUUAGAGUGAAUCACUCCGGGGCUGCCGUGCCAAGGGAAAAAAGAAUUCACUUCAGAAUGUACUGUCGCUAUAGAACAUUACGGCUCUGUUCCAAAACCUAGUGAGCAACCUAUGUAGGCUGUUCCAAAAGGUAGGAUGCAUAAAGAUACCUUCAUGAGGCCAAAUUCUAAGGUAGUAUGACAAAUGCAUUGCGACAAGCAGAGUUAAAAGUGAGAGAAUGUUAAUUAUGAAUAUAAUUUUUUCCACACUGAAAAGUCAAAUUAAAAUAUCUAUUAAUAUAUGUACACUACCUUUCAAAAGUUUGAGGUUUAGAUUUUUUAAGGCUUUUGAAAGAAGUCUCCCAAUGCUGCAUCAAACAACAGUAAUAUUGUGAAAUAUUAUUACAAUUUAAAAUGAGAAUUUAUCAAAUGUAUUUUAUUUCUGUGAUGCAAAGCUGAAUUUUCAGCAUCAUAACUCCAGUCUUCAUUGUCACAUGAUCCUUCAGAAAUCAUUCUAAUAUGCUGAUUUGCUGCUCAAGAUUUUUUUAUUAUUAUUAUUAUUAUCAGUGUUGAAAACAGUUGCUUAAUAUUCUUUGGGAAAAGAACAGCAUUUAUUUAAAAUAGAAGUCUUUUGUAACAUUAUAUAUGUCAUUUUUGAUCAAUUUUGACUCCAAAACUUUUGAUCAGUAGUGUAUGUUAUGUAUUUUUAUUAGUACUGUCAAAUCGAUUAAUUGCGAUUAAUCGCAUCUAACAUAAAAAGUUUGUAUAUGUGUGUGUGUGUGUAUAUAUAUAUAUAUAUAUAUAUAUAUAUACACACACACACAGACACACACACAAACUUUUAUGUUAUAUGCGAUUAAUCACGAUUAGCAGGUUGCCGUCAAAUCGAUUAAUCACGAUUAAUCGCAUCUAACAUAAGUGUGUGUGUGUGUAUAUAUAUAUAUACACACACACACACACAUAUAUAUAUAUAUAUAUAUAUAUUUACAAACUUUUAUGUUAGAUGUGAUUAAUCUCGAUCAAUCAAUCUGACAGCAGCCUGCUCUCAUUAAAAUCCAAUUGAAAUCAAUUGUGAGCCGAGUCUUAACUGUGGUGGUCAUUGGUUAUUUAUGAGGUUAUAAUUAAGUUUUGAUGCUGUCUUAAAAAACAGCUGCCUACGUAGGCUGUAUCGAUGGCAAGGCAGCUCGCUAGGUUUUGGAACAGAGCCUAAUUGUUUCAUCACAGGUUUGCCUACGAUCACUGAACAUAUUGGCUAUUGGCCUGCUGUAAAGGAGAAAUUGCACUGCUGUAGCUUUUCUUGCUAAGGUUAUGCCUGUGUAUAUGCGAAGAAAGGCUUGCUUUUUUACACCCGCAAGUUAGUAUACCCUCCACAGAGGUGACACAGGCACUUUCCAUCACUCCUCCUGAAGGAGAACAUUGCUGUGAUAGGGGUUUUCACACCUUUGCAUCACUGCAGUAUCGGUUCUUGAAAAAAAGGAGGAAACGAUACACAUUCUCUCUCCUCCCAAACUCUCGCUGCUGAGUUCAAUAGUUAGAAGUUUGAACGGAGACGCCAGAUGGAAGGAGCGAGUGUUUGCUGCGUGCCCUGGCUGGAUGCCAUGGAAACGGAGCAAAGGAGGCUGCUGUUGUGUGUCUGUACUGUGCUACAGAAGAGUGACGAGAUUGGCAUGUGUCUGGCUUCCAGCCAUUGCUUAAGAGUGUGUGUAUUCAUUUUAUAUGGCACAUAUACACACACCAUCACCUCUCACUCACACGCAGACCUGCAAGGAAUCUGCACGUGCCCGUCAUUCAAAGAUCUGCUCAUCCCCUGCCCUUUGUCUCUUAAAUUAGGAAAUAUUUUAGCUAAGGGUAUUAAUGAAAAUAAAUAACAGAAUUAACUCAGUAAUUAUAUAAAAAAUUGGAGUAUGCAGAACAAUGAAAACUAAGCUAAAGCUAUAAAUGUGCACUGAAAUAUAACAAAAAUUAAAAUUACAAAGAAAAUUAGGUUUUGUAUUUUCAAUCCAAGUUAAAUUGUCAAAUUUAAUUUAUUUACAAAACCUGAUUAUCAUGCCAAAUAUGUAAUAUCAUAUGCUGAAUGAAUUUUGGUGCUAUGUUAUGAGGAACAAAAAUGAAAACUUACUGAAAUUGUAUGAAUAAAAUGUUUUUUAAAGAUACAAAAAAAAAAAAAAAAAAAAUCUUUUUUUUUUUUUUCAAUUUUGCCCAAAAUCCAUGCAGAAAAUGUGGAAAAGUCAGCUGAUUUUGUCUGUGAUGCUCGUAAGCGUGUGUUGGUGUAUGAACGAGACCUGAAAGGAUAGUAAGAACAAACAGUCCUGUGAGAAUCAAAGCUAAAAAUGUGUAAUAUAAUCUUUAGAUUUGGGAAACCACAUCAGAUGGAUUGCUUGUCAGUGAUUUUUAUAAUAUAAAAGAUGCAAGAUGCAAAAAAAAAAAAAAAGAUGCAAAAAAAACUCUACUGUUCAGGGAAUAGCAUACAAAAAAAGCACAUUGCUUUUUUAUAUCAGUAUUUUUAAUAAGUUAAUGUAAGAUUUUUUUUUUUCCUGUCUUUAAAAAAUUGUUGAAAAUUUUACUUUGGUUUAAUUUAAAUUCUUUAUGCACUGGAAUGUAUUAUGUGUCAAAUGCUUUGCUCUGACAUAAAAUGUUCUAUAUAUACAUGUUAAA